UGAUGUGGUGCUGAAGCUAAUGACGGACUGCGAGAAUUCCGCGAGGUACUUUGACAGAUCCUUGCGGGACCCAAUGGUGCAGUUACAAAGGGAAUUUCUUCGGGAGAUUGCGGGUGUGAAAGUCUCGCCUGAUAAGUUGCUGUUUAAGGAGUUUAACCAGCGCCCCUUGCAUGUCUUCUGGCUGGAACUGUUUCUGAGGUUUUGGAAUGACCUGGUCAAGCAGAAGGACACGGUCUACCACCAGACGUUGCGAGGUGAAAUUCGUUCGGCUCUCAGUACUGAGCAUUAUGAUGGCUGGGGUUCUAAGGUGUUGAAGAUUCUGAAAAUGUUAGGGACGGAUUUGACGGCCUUGGGGGGUGAAUUGGACUUGAAUGCGCGUGUGGAACGUAUUGCUGGCACGGAGCUAAAUGUGUCUGCUCUCACUAAAAAGUUUGCUGAUAGAAUGGAUGCGGAUUGGGAGGAUAGGAGUUUGGAAGAUGACCCGCGGCUUUUCAACCCAGUAGACCCCGUACCAGGGGUUGGAGUUAAGAUGUGCAGGUACAAAAAUUGGAUGGGUGACCCGGUUGACAGGGGGUACAUUACUCAGCGGCAGCAUGUGAACCUGAUGCGUUUUCGGCUGUGUGUGUGG